GCUCCCUCCUCCUGCUGGUGUUUGUAGGUCCAUGUCCAUCAUCUACCUCUGGACGGUCAAGUUCGCUGGCGCGUCACAUCCGCACUUGAACCUUCAGCAGCGCAGGAGACUUCGCGUACUUUCUCCUCCACACUUCUCUGUAAGAGGCAAUGAAGCCCAGCGCACGCGUCCUGCUACACGGGUCUCUCCUGUACUGUUAUCUAUAGUUCAUUUGGGAUACUUGAUGCAUCGCUGAAGAUCUUUUCCUCUGGGAUCUCCACGAAUCUGGCUGUUCCCAAUGUGAGCCCGGCUGAGAGCGCGUCCAACAUGUCUCGCCGCAAGCAGGGCAGACCUCAGCACUUAAGCAAGCGGGACUUUUCGCCCGAGCCUGUGACGGCAGAUAUCCCUGAGGACGGGGAAAGCCAUCUCGGAUCGGAACCAUCCACACCUAAAGGCGAUCCGGAUCUUCUCACCUGUGGCCAGUGUCACUCCAGGUUUCCUUUGGCUGAUAUACUGCUGUUUAUUGAACACAAACGCAGGCAAUGUCAGGGGCGCCUAUGCACGGACAAAGGUUCAGAUGAGCCGUCGUCACCUCCACGCGCAGACAUGCGCGUCCCCGUGGAGGUGGCUGUUCAGGUCUCGCCCCGCGAAGAGGAGCAUUUUGCCUCCACACCACAUGGAUUACGGCCCAAGCAGGAACCCAUGACAGAGAAAGAUGAGCCCAGCAGCUACACUUGCACAACUUGUAAGCAGCCAUUUAGCACUGCCUGGUUCCUGUUACAGCAUGCCCAGAAUACUCAUGGUUUCCGAAUAUACCUUGAAAGUGAACCUGGAAGCCCCUUAACUCCCAGACUGGCCUCCGCUCCAGGAAUGGGUGGUGACUGUGCCUCACAGCCACCAUUACAUGCUGCUCACCUGGCAGACAGUAGUCCAUAUAGCCUGAUGAGGAUAGCCAACCGGGAAGGCUCGUCAGUUCCCAGAGAAGGACGAUAUCCCAGGACGCCUCCACUCUUUAGUCCCCCGCCACGGCAUCACAUGAGCCCUGAUGAUCUGGCUUUGGCCCCCCACCACCCAAGCGCCUUUGACAGGGUACUACGUCUAAAUUCUGUACCCCUGGACUCCCCAUCCAUGGACUUCUCAAGACGGCUACGAGAACUUGCAGGGAACUCUGCCGGUUCCUCUCCACCCAUGUCCCCCAACCGGCCCAGCCCCAUGCAACGACUGCUGCAGCCAUUCCAACCAGGGGCUGCCCAUUCUCCCUCUGGACCCCUUUCAACACCUACCCAACAGACACCAACCCCGCCAGCUGUGAAGGCAAAGUCUUGUGAGUUCUGUGGAAAGUCCUUUAAGUUCCAGAGCAACUUAAUUGUCCACAGGCGCAGUCAUACUGGUGAGAAACCCUACAAGUGCCACCUCUGCAACCAUGCUUGCACUCAGGCCAGCAAGUUAAAGCGGCACAUGAAGACUCAUCGACACAAAUCGUCAUCCACUACCUCCAGAUCCGAUGAUGGCCUUUCUACUGCUAGUUCACCUGAACCAGGCACAAGUGAUUUGCUAGGCAGUGCCACCGAUGCUCUGAAAUCUGUGGUGGCGAAAGUCAAAAGUGAGACCAAUGGCAUCCCAGAAAAUGGACAAGAGGUGGAAGAUGAUGAGGAUGAUGAGGAGGAGGAAGAGGAUGAAGAAGAGGAAGCGGAGGAGGAGGAGGAGGAAGAGGAAGAGGAGGAAAAUGAGAGUGAGAGCGGAGAGAGGAAUGAUGUCGAUUUCAGCUUGAGCCUGGAAGGUGCACGGCACCAUGAGAACAAUAGACAGCGACACAGCAAAAGUGGAGGGGAGGGAAUUCGAGGUUAUCGAAAUUCCCUAAACCUGUACAAACAAGGGGACCACAGAUCAGCUGGAGAGACGGGUGGUAAUGACUUCACAAAAGAGUCUGACCAAGCCAACGAGGCAUACGAACCAACGGUAAACGGAACAGCCUCGUACCCAAACGAUGAACUCUCCCGAAAACUUCUGGGUGGAAGUCCAGGAUCCGACACCCCUCUCUCCAAACGCAUCAAGGUUGAAAAAGACCUUGAUAUACCUACUCCUACAAUCCCCAAUGCGGAAAAUGUGUACUCUCAAUGGCUGGCUGGAUAUGCAGCGUCGCGCCAGCUCAAGGAUCCCAUCCUCAACUUCGGGGACUCAAGACAAUCGCCUUUUGCCACCUCUUCAGAGCAUUCCUCGGAGAACGGCAGUCUCAGGUUCUCCACUCCCCCUGACGAGCUGGAUGGAGGGACGGCCUCUGGACGCAGUGGCACGGGAAGCAGAUCCAGUACACCCCAUCUUACCACCGGUCGCCCCAGCUCCAAGGAUGGCCGGCGUAGUGACACUUGCGAGUUUUGUGGCAAAGUCUUUAAGAACUGCAGCAACUUAACAGUGCAUCGACGCAGCCACACUGGCGAGAGACCGUACAAGUGCGAGCUUUGUAGCUACGCCUGCGCUCAGAGCAGCAAGCUAACACGGCACAUGAAGACGCACGGACAGACAGGCAAAGACGUUUAUAAAUGUGAGAUAUGUCACAUGCCUUUUAGCGUGUACAGCACUCUGGAGAAGCACAUGAAAAAAUGGCACAACGAUCGGCCCUUAAGCAUCGAAAUUAAAACGGAGUAGAAUUACGAUAACUUUUACAGUGCUACAAAAGCAAAAAUUGUUAAAAUGACUCUGAGCCUCUUUAAUGUGCAAUAACUUAAUGUUUUGUACUUUUCUUACCGGUUGGCAUGUUUAGUGUGUUAGCUUGAUUGAUAAGCAUUAGCUGUGUUGCUUUUGGUACUGUCUUUUGUCAAACAAGACAAAUCUUUUUUUUUUACAUAUCAUAGUUGUAUUUUGUCAUUUAAGCUUAUAUCAUGUGACUACCUAUACAUUCACACUGGGGUUUACACUGUUCAUUAGGGGACUAGAUGAACUGUAGGGUUACCAGCGAAAGUUUGAACAGUACCGUUUUACUAAAAUACUAAAUGACGCAUUUAGCAUUUUUAUUGUUGUUUGUAAAAAAGAGUGCCUUGGGUGCAUCUGUGGUUUUUGCCGUUCGCCAUAAGCCUAGGGAAAUUGUUCAAUGCAAAAGGUUCUUGCAUCAAGUACCUACAGUAUUGUGAAUUCACUUAAUGCAGGAAUCCAGUAUACAUUCGUGUGUAUUUCACUUACUAGUAUAACCUAUUGUGUUCAUUUAAGUAUGUUCUUUUAUCGGCACGUUCAUGCCGUUUGGCCCGGUGAGAUUUUAUCUUGUAUUUUGGUAUGACGUCGACAGGUACAUUUUGUUUCUUUUUGAAUUAGGGUUUUAUUGUUUCUUUGGGUUUCUAUGAAGGUUUUUAGAAAGUAGCCCUAAAAAUGUUUUACUCGGUAGAUAUUGGAUACUGAUAUACUGAUAAAUUUCUAUUUGGUGCAUGGAACAAAAAGCAUAUUAACUAUGUAAAUAGGUCCAGUUCUUGACAGGGUCGUUCGGGAAAGUUUAACAAAUCUUAUAGUCCCUGAAUAAGCUUCUAAAGAGUUGUCAGGAUUGAAAAUCCUUUAAAUUUUGAAUUUAGCUCAGAUCGCCUAGAAAUAGAAAUAGUUUAGCGAGGCCAGUUUCGAUGGAGCAAUGCAGUAUUGUAUUUCAGGACAUUCACACAUUCUUGAAUAAGAGUCUGAACACUUUACCGUUAACCUAAAGUGGGUUUAUUUCCACGACUUCCAACGCUCUUCAGUUUUUAAAGCUAUGUACUGUAUAUAUACCCCUGUCUGUUGGUAAAGCACUUAGCCACGUUCACGCAUUUCUGUGCCCGCCGAGUUGACAUUCAGACUUUUUAUUCUCUACAUUGUCCCAUGGUGUAUUUUAUGAAUAGCACUUGCCACUCAGCCUGAAACUCUGUAUCUGUCCUGCUAAUCUACGGGCAGGUGGUUGAGUAUAAAACUAAACCGCUCUUCAACGGCACAAAAAACAUGCACUGUUCGAUUUUUGUCCUGUUUACAAGACACUCGAGAGAAACUUGUCAUUUAAACAACCUGAUGAGGUUAAUAUACUUAGAUUAGAAUACUUGGUAAGCAAAAAAGUCAUAAAAAUGAAAAGAAAAAUAGGAUACUGUUGAUUUAGGAGCUAGAUUUCAGGAGACAUGAUGUUUAUUUCUCAGUGAAAAUACUCCAUACUCGCUGCUUAAACAGCCAUGAUAUUUCUAUUGUACUUUUGAUGAUUUCAUAACUCAGUGUUUUGGGAUUUCGUUUUGUAAUACUUUUGUGUUUUUAACAGGAAAUUAAUUUAAAGUGUAUUUCUUUUUGCCACUCAUCUACAUUACUUGGUGAAUUACAGUGUACUAUGUAAAUACUAAAUGUGAAUUUUUUCCUUCAGUUUUUUUUUUUACUUUGUCAUGAACACAUCAGGAUGCAUUAUGAUACGAUUGUUGGGAUACAUUUUAAAAGAUAUCGAGUUCCGGAUUAAAAUGUUCAUCAAGCGUAGUCCAGAUAGUAUUUAAAUAGAGGCUAGAUUUCCAGACUGUUCCUUGUUCACUUUAAAGGUACAAAAUACCUGUAGUUGAUCUUGACGUGCUGCCACCAUUUGUUUCCUUAAUUUGGCAGGAUAAUAUAGUGUGAAUCAUUUUAAUGUAUGGAUCUUGAAAAUGAGUUUCUAAGAAAUAGUUACGUGGGGGUUUCACGGAUAAAAGGCUAUACCGUGGUCUGUUGACGCAAUCCUGUCACGAUGACGAGAAACAGGUGCUUUUAUGAUCUCUGGCCUUUGGAUAUGCAGUAAAGUUUCAUAGUUGGUGGGUUUCCCCUUUUCAGUUUCUCAACUGUCCUCGUCCCCCCCCCCCCACAACCUGAAACAUUCCAGUCGUCUUUGAAAGAAUGGAUGUCAUAUGCAAUGAAUCAAGAGUCAAUAAAUACAUUUAAAAUGCAUUUUGAAAUACACCUGCAGUUUGUCUCCGAUUAUUUCAUUUAUGAUGCACCAGCAGA